AUGCUUGCCACGCUUCUCCUCCUGGGAUCGGCACUCGUUGCAGCAGAGCCGGCUCCUUACAAGCUCGGAUCUGUCUCCAAGAAUCCUAUGCUCGGCCUCGGUAGACGCCAAGAUGCUGGAUACUCACCCACGCAAACAUAUUGUGGUCCUGGAACGGACUGUGCCUCAUCAUGCGGUGCAACCUACAUCACUUGUGCCUCAACAGAUGACGCUCUUCACUGCUAUGAUCCCUCCAUUAACGAGUCUUGCUGCCCUGAUGGUACUGGAAACUCGUGCUCAGACGGCUAUUUCUGCACAUCAGACACCAGUGGAAAUACUUGGUGCUGCCCUAAUGGUAUGGAUCUCGUGAGCUGUGCUGCAGCCUAUAGCCUUACCGAUAGUCUCGUGUCCCAAGUCGCCACUGUAGCACCGACUGCUGUCCAGUCCUCCACUCCAACAGCAGUCUCUGCCAAAGAGACCCCAACUUACACUCCCGGCUACAGCUCCAGCUCCAAGACCUACGAGCCAACUCUUGUUUCGAAUGUCACGUACACGCCAACAACAACUGCGGGAGGAAUGCAGUUCACUGGCGGAGCCGAUCACGUUGUGUUUGGUGGAUUGAAAGGACUCGCACUUGCAGCUGGUGCUUUGUUGGCAUUUUAA